GGUUAAUCUGAGAGCUUGGACCACUUAACUAUCAAUUUACUCGUCAUUUCUGAUGUCCACCUAUUUUUGUACUUUCAAGCUACUGUACAAUACCUAACCUGCCCUGCUCUGCUACCUGACAUAACAUGAAUCCCACCCACUGCUUGCAUUGUUGACCUAUCUGCAUAUUAGUAUUCACAACGGUUUGUACAUAAGUCUUGUAUUUCAGGUUAUAAUCUAAAGAUGAGCACCAAAGGCGACAAGAUCGAGAAAAUCAUCGCUCGGUUGCAACAACGCAUCAAUGAGGGGCAGUUCUACGAAGCCCAACAGCAAACCCGCGUCGUAGCGGCGCGGUACACCAAAGCCUCCAACUGGAGUGCCGCUAUCGACAUCCUCUACAAUGUCGCUCAAUCCCUCCUAAAGGCAGGCCAAGGCGGCAGCGGCGGAGAUCUUUGUGUGCUACUGGUCGACACUUAUAAGCAGGCAGAGCUGAAGCCCGAUUCUUCUACCAAGGGCAAACUGUUAACAUGUUUGCGCCUGUUCGACGGCGAGGAACCUACUCGCAAGAAGUACAUUGGAGAGAUGAUAGCAUGGUCCUCCAAGUUCGGCGAAUAUCCCGCUGGCGAUCCCGAGCUCCACCAUGUUGCCGGCUCGCUGUACGCUGAAGAACACGAGCCAUACGAUGCGGAACGACACUUGCUUUUGGGUACCAAGGACUCGGCUGAGGUUCUGGCUCGCUUAGAGUAUGAGUGGUUCAAAGAGGAUGACGCACACACGGCUGCCUUGUACGCUGCUCGAGGCAUCCUGCCAUACCUUCUCACUGGCAACGUCCGAGCCGCCAACACAUGUUAUCGACUAUUUACGAGCGCUUUAAACCAGGACAAGCAAAGUCAGCUCGGUAUUCAAGACGUCAGCAGCAACAGCGCCGACAUACGAAUUUACCCCAGCAUACCCCUCCUCAACUUCCUGGGCCUCCUUUUACUCGCUGUUCAAAGAGCCAGUCCGGAUUUGUACAAGCAGCUGCACAACAAAUACUCUGCACUUAUUGGAGAAGUCGACGCGUGGCACGAGUCUUUGGAAAUGAUCGCCGAGAUGUAUUUCGGCAUCCAAAAACCCCGACAAAGCAACCCUCUGAUGGACAUGAUGAGUGGCUUCCUUGGUGGUGGCGGCGGCGGUGGUGGCUCGGCGAGUGGAGGGGCAAGGAGGCCGGCUGUAAAGGCGCCUUCACCGAUGCCGGCUGCGGAGGGGUUGGACUGAAGAGUUCAUGUCAUAUCGUGAUUCUAGCUAGGCCUUGUAGCAGAUAGCAUUGGCCUUUCCGGACGACAUUAAUUAUGACUACGACUGUUCGUAACAAAUCUCAUUGUGAUCGUUGCUGUUCUUCGGGCUCGUACAUCCAAUUGUCUUCGGCUAAUGCUGCCACCUUAGCUCUCAUGCUGGCUCGGAGAGCUUCAAUAACCUCUUCUUCCUCAAGUUAG